GACAUCACCAACAUGGCUGUCAGUAUAAAUUUGGCACUGCAGAGAUGGUUUUCUCCUGGGAACUCCGUCAAAGUUACGCGUUCGACCUCAAGUACGUGCCGCCGAAAUGCCUCUCUCUCUGCCUAAAACGAUGGCUCGUCCGACUGGGCAGCCUUAAGAAGUCCCAGGAUGUCUAAUUAGGCAAGACUUAUUUUCUUACGCUUGGAACUCAAGAAUAAAUACUUCUAAGAAUAAAUGGCUUCAAGAUUGGAUCGUUUGUUUACGCUGCUGGAUACAGGGUCGUCGAAUGUGAGAAGAAGGGCUGCUGCCUCUCAACUGGGCGAGGUGCAGAGCCUCCACCCCCAUGAACUGCACAACCUACUUAAAAGCAUUUUAACUUAUCUGAAGUCGCCGUCAUGGGAUACGAGGAUAGCUGCUGGUUGGGCAGUCGAGGCCGUAUUGAAAAAAGUGCCCGAGUGGUGUCCAAUAGGAAUGAUGGACGAAGAGUCAAACGAAGCUGUCAACAUCAACUCAGGACGUUUAAGCUGUGAUACAUUCAAUUUAGACAAAGUUAUUGCUGAAAGUGCAUAUUUAAUGGGAUCUGAAGGGAAGGAGUACGAAGUUGUUGAAGAUGCUGGAGACUGUCAGGAAAAUUUGGCAAGACAAAAAGAAAUGAUGAAUAAACAGUUAGGUUUAGAUAGAUCAGCACAAUUUGGAUUAGACACAAGCACCUUAUUUACUGAUGAAGAUUUGAAGAUUGAAUUCAACACCAAAUCAAAACAAAAAAGCAAGUUAAAUGUGGGUGAAGUGGUAGGAAUGAGCUGUCGGGAAGCAAAUAGGGCUAAAAGGAAAGCGAGGCAGGCAGUUUUGAAGCAGAAGACUCAGAAAAGCACAAGUCAGGACAAGGAGAAGGAUGAGGACGGGGAACCGCAGACUAAAAAAAUAAAGACAGAGUCUACGACUCCCCUCGAAGAGAACACUUUUUGCCUUCCCGUCCCAGAUAAUAUCUACAGUUGGCCGGCAGAUGUGAAUGACUGGCCAUUGGAUUGGUUUUGUGACCAACUUACAUUGUCUCUAUUCAGCCCGACUUGGGAGGAGAGGCACGGUGCAGGUACUGCUCUAAAACACUUGAUGAAGACACAGGGAAUGUGUGGAGGGAAAACUGCAGACAUACCUCAGUCACAGAUGGAAGAACACCACCAGAGCUGGCUUGAAGAUAUUGCACUGCGCCUUAUUAUUGUUUUAUCAUUGGACAGAUUUGGCGAUUACAUUAACGAUCAAGUUGUUGCUCCUGUCAGGGAAACCUGCGCUCAAGCACUAGGAUCUGUUAUUUUUCUAAUGGAGAAAGACAGGAUCAAGAAAAUCUUGUCUGUUUUAAUUAAGUUUCUAAAUCAAAAAGAUUGGGAAACAAGGCAUGGAGGGCUUUUAGGUAUAAAAUACAUGUUCGCCGUACGACAGGAUUUACUAGCUGACCUUCUUCCGCAGGCGUUUGACUCCCUUUAUAGCGCUUUAAAAGAUGCGAAUGAUGAUGUUACUGCCGUGGCUGGGGGCGCUCUGAGCAUAGCUGUUGACAUCAUGGCAACGUCCUAUCCCGAAUAUGCGCUUUCCGUCCUGGAAUCCCUUUGCUUAAUAAUUCCAGAACAAGAUGACCUGACACCAGCCGCAAACACUCUUGUACCUUUACUUGCUCAACUUCUCUUGAAGCCUAACAUUAACUGCUUAAUCAAAAGUGAAAAUACUGUGAUUGAACUAGUCCAGAGAUUGUGGUCGCUUUUAGAGCAUAACAAUGCAGGAGUCAGGAAAGCUGCUUUGCAGGCCUUCUGCUGCCUCCCGUCGCAGCCUUCGUUCUCGUCUUGGCCCAAUUUUUUACAGCCGACACUCCGCCAUGUGUAUCAAAGGGCCUUGAUCGAACACCAGACUAACGUUCACAACACAGUCGAGUCGGUUUGGUCGGUAAUCCUUGAAAAAAGCCAGUUGUCUGAUAUACUGAUAGCAGCUUGUCCUUUCAUCUCGAUCUGGUUGUGCUUAGCCAUGCAGUCAACGAAGAUUCCUUUCGAUCAGAAUUUACUCAUCCAGGCCAAGUCGUUAAUGAAGGAACACACUGCCAAGCACUUAAAAAGUAUAACAGGCGUUGACUGCACUUCUAGAACAAAUCUAAAACAAUACAUCGGAGGGACUGAAUCUCUGCCGCAAUCUGUGAGGGAAGAAAACAGCACUCAUACUCGAUACGUUGCUGCUAAAAUGUUAGGUAAACUGUCGACAUAUAUCGUUCAGCCUGCACCGGGCAUCGAUUACAUGGACAAUGUUGAAUCUCCAAUAGACUGUUAUAUUAAAGUCCUACUCGUUCACUUGGAAAGCAAAUCCUCGCUUCAGAGAUUUGUCGCAGGUUUAGUGAUCACAGAAUGGGCCAAAUGUAAUCCUCCUAGUCCUCCGCCCAAAAAAUUAGUCGAAAAAUUAAUCGAGUGUUUAAAUGAAACAUUUUAUUACGAUGAAAUAGGUUUGUCUUAUUCUAGACUCCUCCAGGAUACCAAAGAUUUCUUAGCUCUAUUAAAACAUUACAAGUUACCCCAAGUCGAUGAGUUUUUAAAUAUUAACGUUUUACUUCUUGAUAAAAUGGAGGAAAUUAUUGGAAAGAAGGUUCAGACUUUGCUUCAAGACAGCAAACUAAAGCCAAAAGUUUUAGAAGAGCUUUUAGAAAGGCGUCAGGUCAUUCAUACAUCAAUUACAAGCAUUUUGGCCCAGCAGACUUCUCUCCAUGUAAUGACUCAGGCUUCGUUGGCGAGCGCAUGUCUCUGGCUAGGCCAGCUCCCAGACAAAUUGACCGUCAUUGUCAAACCGCUGAUGGAAAGUAUAAAAAAAGAGGAGAACGAACAACUACAAAUUUUGUCGGCGAAACAUCUAGCAAGCCUGAUGCAAAAAUCUGUUUCACGGCGACCAUGCCCCAAUGCGAAAAUCGUAGGAAACCUUUGUAUCUUCAUCUCAGUAGAUCCGGAAUUCACACCAAAAGUUUCUAUGUUUCCUGAAGAUGACCCUCGCUACAUUGAAAGCACUGAAAGAAUAAUCACUUUAACUAAUCAGCACAAGUUUGCAGAAAGGGCGGUGAUUCUUAAAAAGAACAACUCUACCUUGGGCCGUGGGAGACCUUCACUGCAUGAUGUACAAUUUGAAGAAAUAGUUGUACAAGAAGAGCAGUAUCUGAGACCAUUCCGAAUCCAGAGGCGAGGAUGUAAAAAAGCCCUAGAACAAAUCACAGAACAAUUUGGAGAAGACUUACCUGAACAACUUCCAAACCUCUGGGAAACAAUUACUCAAGUAAAAAAUGUGGACAUAACUUUACCACCAAGUAAAAGCUUUGAUAUAAAAGAUGAGACUGCUUUAGAUAAGUUUAUAGGUAAUUUACACAUCCUAGAAGUGACCUGCCCAUUGGUACAUCUCUCGCUAAGGCCAAAAAUAAUUGAACUCCUGCCUAAAUUGGUCCAUUUGCUUAGUCACAAUUACAAAACCGUUCGUCACAUGGCGGCGAGAUGUAUUGGGACAUUCGCUCAAUUCAGUCCUGUAGAGGUGAUCACAGCCAUAGUGGACAAAGUCCUACCAAUGGUAAAUUUAAACAACAAAACAGUCGUCAGGCAAGGAGCUGUUGAAAUGUUUGCCGUACUCUUGGAGAAAUUAGACCUCCAAAUAACACCUUACAUAGUUUUUCUUAUUAUCCCUGUUCUCGGACAAAUGAGUGAUUUUAACCCGUCUAUACGCACUCUUGCAACACACACAUUUGCAGACCUGAUCCAACUCAUGCCGCUUGACGGCGCGGUCAGUACGGUGAAACUCCCACCGGAGCUCGUAGAGUUGAAAGAAAAACGGAAGAGUUUCAUCGAACAGUUGAUGAAUCCGACGAAGAUAACUGAUUACAAAGUACCUGUUCAACUCAAUGUACAGCUUAGAUCUUACCAACAGGCUGGGGUAAAUUGGCUUGCUUUCCUCAAUAAGUACAGGCUUCAUGGGCUGUUAUGCGAUGACAUGGGUCUGGGAAAAACUCUCCAGUCCAUUUGUAUAUUAGUUGGGGACCAUUAUCAUCGCAAGAAAAGAUACCAGGAGACUAGAAAGGAAGGAGGUGAUUAUUGGAUCCCUUUACCGUCUCUCGUAAUUUGUCCUCCUACUCUAACCGGUCAUUGGGUGUAUGAAAUAAAGAAAUUUGUUCCAAAACAAUACAUGCAACCGUUUUAUUAUGGCGGGCCUUCAUUAGAGAGGAAAAAAUUAGCAAAUAUGAUUAGAAGUGAUCACAUUGUCGUAUCAUCUUACGAUGUUGUACGCAAAGAUAUAAGUUCUUUAAACGUCAUGAGGUGGAAUUAUUUAAUACUCGACGAGGGUCAUGUCAUCAAGAAUGGGAAAUCCAAGUUGACAGUUGCCCUGAAGCAAAUUAUAGCCAAUCACAGAUUGAUCCUCUCAGGUACACCAAUCCAAAGCAAUGUUCUUGAGCUCUGGUCUCUCUUUGAUUUCCUGAUGCCAGGCUUUUUAGGAACAGAAAAACAGUUUAUAGCAAGGUACAGCAAGCCAAUUUUGGCCAGUAGAGACCCAAAAUGUUCGACCAAAGAGCAAGAAGCAGGAGUCAUUGCAAUGGAGGCACUUCACAGGCAGGUGCUUCCGUUUGUGCUGAGAAGGACCAAAGAGGACGUCCUCAAAGACCUUCCUCCAAAGAUAACCCAGGAUUAUUACUGCGAUUUGAGCCCUGUCCAGCAGCAGCUGUACGAUUUCUACAAUACUACGACAUAUUCGCUGGACAAAUCCGCCCAUAUUUUCCAAGCGUUGAGGUAUCUUCAGAGAGUUUGCAACCACCCAAAAUUGGCGCUGACACCAACGCACCCACAGUACGGUAACAUCAUGGAAACCCUUAACAACCAAAAGUCUACCCUGGCUGAUAUAAAACACGCGUGCAAAUUCCCAGCACUUAAACAAUUGUUAAUCGAAUGUGGCAUUGGAGCACAACAGGAGCAAAAUGACAAUAUUGUGAAUCAGCACCGGGCUCUUAUUUUUUGCCAACUCAAAGCCAUGCUCGAUAUUGUUGAAAAUGAUUUCUUAAAGAUACAUAUGCCAAAAGUAACAUAUCUGAGGUUGGAUGGAUCUGUACCUGUAAAUCUAAGGCAUUCGUUGACCACAAGGUUCAACAAUGAUCCAUCGAUAGAUUUGCUCAUUUUAACAACACACGUUGGAGGGAUCGGCCUUAACCUGACUGGAGCCGACACUGUCAUAUUUAUUGAACAUGACUGGUCGCCGAUGAAGGACAUCCAGGCGAUGGACAGAGCCCAUAGAAUAGGUCAGAACAAGGUCGUCAACGUUUACAGGCUCAUCACAAGAGACACGAUCGAAGAGAAGAUAAUGGGAUUGCAGAAAUUCAAACUGAAAACGGCCAAUACCAUAAUUAGCUCAGAGAAUGCCAGCCUUCAAACAAUGUCAACUGACAAGCUCUUGGAUUUAUUUACAAGGAAUGACGAGAAUCAGUCAUCCAGUAGUAAAAGCGAUAACCAAAAUAAACCAAUAUUUUCAGAACUUUGGGAUAAAAUGUGUUCAGAUUACGAUGAAGAAUAUGAUUUGUCCAAUUUCAUAAGCAGUCUACAAUCGUGAAAUGCUGCGAUGUGUAAAAUAACAAUAAUAAUAAAGUUUUGACCAAUGUAAUUAAUUUUUCAGGAAAAAAUGUUAUCAUGACAAUGCUUUAGUUAGCAAUCAUUGCUCAAUAAUUUAUAUUUUCUAUUAUUUUCUUAAGAAAUGAGAUAAAUAAUCUUACAUGUGAUUAUUAAUUAGGCGAGAGGUAUACUUUUAUUGCGUCUCGUUUUCCUUAGUUUAAGAUAGUGAUAAACCAAUUCAGCUCAGAACAGGAACAUGUUUAUUUUUACAAAACAUUCGAUUCAAUAGAGUAAUGGUUAUUUUCUA